AUGUCAAAAAUAAAUAUCAUCGAGCCAGCCUCAGACAGCAAGAGAUGGACAAGAAAGAGGCACUCAAAUCCUUUAAAAACUUCAAAGCUAUCUGGCUGAAAUAAACUUUCAGAAGUUUAUACUCCGAAAUCUCUCAGAAAAGGCUACUCAUUCAAUGAAGCAGCUCUAAGAACUUCAAGUAUCAAAAACUUUUCCCCAAAAUCUCAGCCAGAAAAAUCUCCAACUCACACUGACUCAUUAUUAAUAAAAAUUAAACGAAAAAGUUCCAAGAAAUCUUGCUGCUCAGAGAAAGACGAUUUUAAAUUUCGAAUGAUAGCAUCGCCAAGGCAAAAAGAGAUUCAAAAAGAACGUAUGAAAUCGCUUGAAAGUGUCCAUGAUAGCUGUGAAAGAUCAUUAAAAUGCAGAAACUUCAGCCUUCCUAGGCUGCUUAAGGAGCAUCAAAAAUUAAUUGAGUCAUUUGAAAUACAAAAAAUUGCAAUUCAAUUGUUUCAAGAUGGCCAGACCAGUAAAAUUGAUCAUCCAUUGGUCAGAAAGCAUCAAGAAUCUAUUCAUAAUAGAAUAAGACAUGAUGUGAUCUCAAUAAAGGAUGAAGUGUCAAGACUAACAGAUCAAGCUAGGAUUGACAAUAAAAUUUAUAAAUUGGUGGCUCCUUCAUAUUCUAGGAAAACUUUGGACUUUAUGAAAAGCGUCAGAGUUGUAUAUCAAGCCUUUUCAAGCCCUAAUUAG